GCAGCUAGCUGAGGAGGACGGUGGCUGUGUGGCAGAGCUGCUCGGGGUUCAGGAGCGACACAAACCGCCUGGCUCGGGAUAUAUAUUGAUCCAGAUCAGGGCCCAUAGGCACAACUUGGCUACCCGAGGAUUCCAACAUGCACCGAAUAACGGGGAGAGAGGGAGGAGACAGUUUAAUUGAAAUGAGCCCGACAGACUCCUUUAACGAUGAUAUAAAUGGCUAUCACCAACAUCCGUCAUCCAGCUCAGGAUCCCUCCAGCAGGGACAAUCAGGGUCUCCUUUAACGCCUGAUGUGCACGUAGAGACCUGUGAGUCUCUCAACACCAGCCAGGCCUCCCUGGCCUCUUCUGAUCACAGCGACAGUCCACACUUUGAGACUGACACCUUAGAGCGAAUCAGUGCUUUGACUGGGAUUUGGAGAAAACGGGCACUAUUCCUGAAGUUUCGUUCCAGGGUUGACAAACAAACACAAAGCAAAGACUCCGUGUUCUUCCGUGACGGAGUGCGCAGGAUUGAUUUUGUCCUGUCCUAUGUUGAAGAUAAAGAUGGCGAGAGAAAACAGGAGAGGAGGAACUUGUAUGAGGCCAAUUUGGAGAAAGUUGGCCUGGAGCUGGAGACGGAAGAUAAAUCAGAGUCAGAGGAUGGAAAGACGUAUUUUGUGAAGAUCCACGCUCCCUGGGAAGUUUUGGCCACCUACGCAGACGUGCUGAAGAUCAAGGUUCCAUUCAAAGUCAACGACAUCCCAGACAACAGAGAGAUCCCCAUGAACUGGCUGUCCACGCCGUUUCGUCUGCCGGAGCACAUCAUGCAACCUGAGCCAGACUUUUUCACAGCUCCCUUCAACAAGAGCAAGUCUGACUUCUUCCUUAUCGACGACAAAGACACAUUCUUUCCUCCCUCUACGCGCAACAGGAUAGUCUACUACAUUCUGUCCCGCUGUUCCUACUUCAGGGAUGAAUGUGCAGAUAAAGACAAAAAGGGAAUUAAGAGGUUGCUCAACAAUGGAACCUACACUGCUGCCUUCCCCCUGCAUGACUCAAGAUACUGGACAAGAUCGAGGGAUGCCAACUGUGAGAGCGAGCGAUACAAUCUCUACAAUCACUGGGCCAAAUUCCUGUGUUUCUUCAAGGAGCAGCCCCUCAACCUUAUAAGGAAGUAUUAUGGGGAGAAGAUUGGUAUUUAUUUUGCAUGGCUGGGUUUCUACACUGAGAUGCUGCUGUUUGCUGCAAUUGUGGGGACGAUUUGUUUCAUUUAUGGAUUCCUUACCUAUGAUGACAACCAGUGGAGUAAAGAAAUCUGCAGUGAGAACGUUGGAGGCAAUAUUGUCAUGUGCCCACUGUGUGACAAAAAGUGUAGCUACUGGAAACUCAACACAACAUGCAAUUCCUCAUGGCAAUCACACCUAUUUGACAAUGUGGCAACAGUGUUUUUUGCCAUAUUCAUGGGGAUUUGGGUGACGCUGUUUCUGGAGUUCUGGAAGAGGCGGCAGGCCCGGCUUGAGUAUGAGUGGGAUCUGGUCGACUUUGAGGAGGAGCAACAGCAGCUGCAACUUCGGCCAGAGUACGAGACCAAGUGCACCAGCCGCAAGAUGAACCGCAUCACUCAGGAAACAGAGUGGGUAAUGGAAAGGAGUGCUACAGAUCUAGUGGGGAAAUUGUUUCUGUGCUGGGCCACCGUGAUCCUCUGGAUCUCAUUGAUCAUUGCCUGCAUCAUUGGGGUCAUAGCGUACCGCUUGGCGGUGUAUGCGGCCUUUGCUAGCAUCAUGAAGGACAGUCCCACCGCCCACCUGGAGGUGGUUGGCCCCUACAUCACACCACAGCUGGCCACUUCUGUCACCGCCUCUUGCAUCAACUUUGUCAUCAUCAUGAUCCUCAACCUCAUGUAUGAGAGAGUGGCUGUUUGGAUCACUGAUAUGGAAAUCCCAAAGACCCACCUGGAAUAUGAGAACAAACUGACGAUGAAGAUGUUCCUGUUCCAGUUCGUCAACUACUACUCCUCCUGCUUCUAUGUGGCUUUCUUUAAGGGCAAGUUUGUCGGCUAUCCUGGAAAGUAUGCUUACAUGUUUGGCUGGCACAAACUGAGGAAUGAAGAGUGUGACCCUGGCGGCUGUCUCAUUGAGCUGACCACCCAGCUGGUGAUAGUAAUGACUGGUAAACAGGUGUGGGGCAACAUCCAGGAAGCUCUGGUCCCGUGGCUGAUGAACUGGUGGGGCAGCAGGAAAUCAAGAGGCCACCCAGAGAGUCUGUACAGCCGCUGGGAGCAGGACCACGACCUGCAGGGCUUUGGACAUCUGGGCCUCUUCUAUGAGUACCUGGAAAUGGUGAUCCAGUUUGGUUUCAUCACACUGUUCGUGGCCUCCUUCCCCUUGGCACCCCUGCUGGCCCUCAUCAACAACAUCAUUGAGGUUAGAGUGGACGCUUGGAAACUCACCACUCAGUUCAGACGCCCCGUGGCAGCCAAGGCUCACAGCAUCGGAGCCUGGGAGGAAAUCCUCAAUGGGGUGGCCGUACUCUCUGUUGUCACAAAUGCCUUCAUUGUGGCCUUCACCUCUGAUAUGAUCCCUCGGCUGGUGUACAUGUACGCCUACCAGCCAGAGGGGGCGAUGAAUAUGAAAGGCUACAUAAACAACAGCCUGUCGGUGUUCAACAUCUCUGAGAUCCCAGUGGAGAGCAGGCCAGAUGACGACGAGAAUCCCGUCUGGUUCAACAGCUCCAUCACUACCUGCAGGUAUCGUGAUUACCGCUAUCCUCCUGGGCACGAGAAGCAGUACUCCCACACUAUGCAGUUCUGGCAUAUUUUGGCUGCCAAGCUGGCUUUCAUCAUUAUCAUGGAGCAUGUCGUGUUCAUAGUUAAAUUCUUUGUGGCCUGGAUGAUUCCUGAUGUGCCAUCUGACGUGAGGGCUCGAGUCAAGAGAGAGCGCUACCUGGUCCAGGAGUAUCUCCACAACUAUGAAGUGGAGAAGCUGAAGAUCCAACUCAGCCAAAACAGCAACGAGUGCACCUGCACGCCCAUGAUCUAUCCGUCUUUAGCCAAACACGAGGUGCUGUCAGAGUGCCUUUAGCCCAACGAGCUGCUGGUCGGGACGUGGUGAUGUAGAUUCCCCUGCUUGUGCAUUCUGAUACUGACCACCACUUUGCUGCGUUGUUUGUUUGUUACAUGCACACAGGCGACGUUUACUAAAGAGCUAGAGGUUUACUCAACUCAAAGCUAUCCCUCUACUACAAACCUGCUGAUAGUGGAAGUGCACACCUUACAACGACCAAGUCUCCAUGCAUGCUGAAACUUUGAGGCACUUGAAUUUAAACAUCUUUCUCUUAUUUAUGGCUUUUCACUCUCUGUGUUGUAUUGAUAGUGCUGAGGAUAAUCAACGUUUGCUGUAAGGAAAGAGGAAAUCUGAAACACUGUGUCUAAACCGGACGGCUUGAUUUAAAACAAGAUUAUUUAUUUUAAGUGCCACUAUGAAUAACCAAAGACUGAAUGCCUUAAUAUGAUAUAUCACAAACUUAUCAUUGGUUCUGUGUCAGUCAAAUGACAGUUACUGCAGAGUUUGCUUAUUCUUGAGGGUUUGAUUAUUUCUCAUGUUCAUACUUUACGUGCAGAUAUACGAAGCUUUCCAGUGUCAUAUAAUGUAAGUUGAUGUUUUUUGGUUUUCUACAGUUAUUGCAACAAAUGUGAGCAUUGUUUAUUUCUCAGCAUUGAGGUCACAGCACAGACGUAACACAAUUUUCCCAAAUCAUAUCCCUCGCUCCCCUGGCUGUUAGCAGGCCUGGACACGUUUUGUCAUAAUCUCAUAACAACCCAACAGUUUCUGCAGGCCAAAACCUGACAUGUGAAGUAGCUUUUUUUUUUUUUUAUAUAAAGAGAAAUCUGUGCUGCUGUUACUACUGUGAGUAAGGACAGAUUUCGUCCUGCGAUGGCCAGUUGUUCAGCCGCAGAAGCAGCAGCUGGUACGUGUUGACAGUGUGUCCUGUCUGUUCAUGGAGACGUGAGGCGAAAGCCCAAAGAGAGUGAAGAGAUCCCUUUUUAAUGUGCCUCUGUUUACCUUCACGUCGGCGCUAAUGAAAGCCUUCCCCCACCUACUGAACUGUGUUUGCGCCAUUACACAAAGCACAUCAGCCAUCGCCUCAUUCUUGUGCUUCUGGUUUCGUCUGCUGUGUCUGUGUAGAGAAGGAAAGAUACACAUUCUUUUUUUUUUUUAUUUUGCACAAAGCACUUAAUGAAACAUGACUACCACAACAUACACAUGUCAAACUAACUGUUGACAUGACACUACGUUCUCACAAUCAGUGUUUUAGGGCAGCAAAGUGUGAUUAUCGUUCAUUGAAAUGGAAGAAGAGUCGUUAUGUUGCUAAGAAGGAGUUCCCUGUUUUGAUUUUGAUUUUUGUGUUAAGUUUAAAUGCAAAACAAGAUGUAGCUUUUUGCUAGAAAUUAUAUGAAGGAUGUUUCACAUUUAUAAGAUGGACAUGUGUGAGGUGUAUCUGUUAUUGAACUAUUUAAAUGUAAAGUAGCUGACUAGUUGUGCUACAGACUCAGACAACUCUGUUGAUUUAGAGUGUGUUUAGAUGUGACAGUCUGACUACACUUGCCUUAAUUAUGACCUUUGCUCAGCUGAACUAAUGCCUGUUGAUGCCUUAAUACAUCCAAUACUUUGUUUUCUAUUAUAUUUCUUUGUACUUCUCUCUCACCCUUUUUCUUGUGUAUGAUCUCUUUUGUUAUGCUUUAGUAAUAUUUUAUUUUGUCGGAGGGUGAAAAAGGUGAACCUGUUUACUGUAUGCUUCAAGUUAAAAUUUCAAGUUUUUAUUCAUUUUUGUAAUUGUCCUAUAUCCAAAUGUGUAAUGUAACAAAAGACAAAACCUCCUGAAUAAAGUACCAGUUCAACUUGA